GUCCAAUUCGGACUGAUGAAACUUAAAAAAGGGCUUUAAUGGUUCGAUUUCUUCAAUUUUGCAACGAUUUCUUCUUCAUGAUGCCUUCUUUUCUCAUUUAAGGUAGCCAGAAACCAAUUCCCUCCUAUCGGCGAUUCUACCGGCGAACGAACUCCGAUUUAGGCCGAGCGAACCCAAUUGUGAUUUGUGGGUAAAACCACCGUAUCAUGUGAAACUGCUCUACAGUUUAAUAUAUAAUCUCACGCAUUACAGAAACCUAUUGGUAAUAUGUUAAUUUGCGAUGUUAGGUUUAUCAAGUAGGCAAAUGAUGAUGAAGGAUGGGGCUAUUUUCCAAACAGGAGUUGAUACGAAUAGUGUCGGUACAAGUGAGAAUGACCAGCAAGAACGAGUAGGGCACAUGCAAAAGAUGGUUACAGUUGCAGAACAUGAUAGUGAUAUGUUCUAUUUGCAGUUAUUGCAGGAAACAGAAGGAUCCAGUCAAGGUCAAAAGGAUGUAGCUGGGGAUAAUGGUUUUGGAUUCAAUGGACGAAAGGACAACACUGCUUCCAGUGAUCCAGGAGAGUCACUAAGGGCAAUUUUCUCGGAUCCAAUAACAGGAGCUCUAAUGGAUGAUGCAAUGAUAUUACCUUGUGGACAUUCCUUUGGUGCUGGUGGAAUUCAGCAGGUUAUCAAAUCGAAAGCCUGCGCUACCUGCUUACAUCUUGUUACUGAAGACUCAGUGGCACCGAAUCUCUCUCUUCGAACUGCUGUUCAAGCUUUUCGCCGUGAAGAAGAUCUACAGAUGUACAAAGCGUCUAAAAGGAGAAGAGAGAGGUUUGAACAGGAGAAGCGUAAUUACGGUGAUUCAUUUUUCUCAGAUUCGCCUAGAGGUAGAGGUGUACAGUUUCCAUUUGUUGUGACUGACCGAGUCGUCAUAAAGGGAAACAAAAGGACACCACAGCGUUUUGUAGGGCGUGAGGCAAUUGUUACAACACAAUGCUUAAACGGAUGGUAUGUGGUGAAGACACUGGACAAUGCCGAGAGUGUAAAAUUGCAAUAUCGAUCAUUGGAGAAGGUUCCUGAUAAUCCUUCCUCGAAGCCAACGCCAGACAAGACAACACCAAAUUGGCUGUAAUCCAUUUUUCACACUAUGAUGCUUCGGCUUUAGUUAAGUUUAUCUUUUGUGGGGGAGGAUUUAUAGAAGAUGAAGAGAACAUUUAAAGGCCUUGGGAAUUGAGGGAGCCUUUCUGUUUUCACCUACACAGAAAUUUUGUUGCAGUUGUGAAGUUGGCGAUAUAUGUGACCUUUGUAUCACAUCCUCCAAUAGUAGUUUUCUUGGUGUUAUUGUGUAUUUAAAUUAUGCACAGUCGGAGAUAUCUAUGAAUCCAUAAUUCAAAAGCUAGAUACUUUUAUUGCUCGA